AUGAAUUCUAAAACCCACUCAAAGUGGGGCUUCAACAACGUGGGCUUCGCCUGCAGUCAUGCCAUGAAGGGAUCUGGCUUCGGCGUGGCCAUUGCCUGUGGAAAGAACACCGAUGUGGGAACGAUGGCGGCACUCAGCUUCAAGGAGCGACCUCCGAGUCGCGUGGAAAGGCAUCAGAGACAGAUUGGUUACUACAUGAUCGUGAUGACCUUCGUCGUGUCCAUCCUCCUGGUCUGCACCACCGGUCUCGAGCGCGGUGAAGUUGUGUACGAGGUCAAUCUCUCACUGCUGCUUGCCAUCACACCCUUCUACGUGCCCUUCAUCCUUUACUGGGGCAUUAGACGGACGAAAACGCUGAUGAGGAAGAAGCAGUGCUAUGUGAGGAACCUCCGCAGCACCACCACAGUGGGCCUCACCACCGUGAUCGUCACCGAUUUGGUGGGCACGAUGACCAGGCGUCGGAUGCGAGUGUCCGAGAUCUUUGUGGACAUGGGACUGCUGAGCGCCGACAAUAUAGACAUUGGUGCCCAGGGUCCACGAUUCAUCGAGCUGAUCCGGGCCUCGAUCCUUUGCAACGAUGCGGUCAUCUGUCCGGGGAACAUCGGAGUGCCCAAGAUGCAGAAGGACAUGUACGGCAGUAUCCUCGACAUGGCCCUGCUCAAGUUCGGUCUGAUGAUCCUGCCGAACAUCGAUCAGCUGCGUCGCGACCACGAGAAGGUGGCCAACAAGCACUACACCAGUGCGGACAAGAUGCAGGUGACGGUGCACAGGACUCGCGAUGCCGAUGGCCAGCAGAAGCUCAUCCUGCUGAUGAAGGGCCACUGCUACGUGGUGAUCCGCCGGUGCUCCACCUUCGCCCUCCGUGGCGAGGAGCUGCCGCUGGACAAUCAGCUGCAGGACAUCAUACUCAGCCUGGCGGAUGGGCUUUUGGAGGCGGGUCGCCACGUCCGCGCCUUCGCCUACAAGGAGUUGAGCAACGAGCUGGAGUUCCGGCGCUUCUCGCAGGUGAACACCAACACGGGACUGGAGGGCGGGGAGUACAGGUACCGGGACUACCUGGCGGUGGACACCUUCUCGCUGAGGUUCCUCGGCAUGAUUGCCACAUACAAUCCGCCCAGGAGCACCAUUCCCAGGGCAGUGGUUCGCUGCAGAACGGCGGGCAUUAAGUUGAUCGUCGUGACGCGACGCAAACGCAACCUGGCCAAGGCGCUGGCCGUGGAUGUGGGCAUCCUCUCCGCACCCUGGGAUAUGCAAAGGGGCAGGGCAUCCAUACCCAGCACGGACAUAGUGGACAUGUCCAAGUACGCGGACGAGAAGCCACACCACCAGCGCUGGCACAUCGAGCAGCUGCUCCUGGCUCGGCGGGACUUGGUGUGCGCCGAAGCGAGCACGGAGCAGCUCCACUGGAUAGUGGACGCCUGUCGCCGGCUGGGAGCAGUGGUGUCCGUCAUCGGGGGAACGCUCCAUGACACGCCCGCCAUGCGGAGUGGCCAUGUGGGCGCGGCCAAGUACGGGUGUGCCGUCAUGUGCGAGGCCAGUGCCGAUCUCAUCCUGCUGGACAGCUCGUUCGCCACCCUGGUCAGUGUGGUCGGCGAAAGUCGUCUGUUGUUCGAGAAUCUCAAGAAGGCCCUGGUCUUUUGCAUGGCCACCAACACGACCACCUUUCUGGUCUACACCGCCUUCUUCCUGCUCCGGGUCCCCUUUCACAUCCAUAUCAUGGAUGAACUCAUUCUUGCCUUCCUCGUGAACUUGCUACCUGCCAUGACCCUGAUUUAUGAGCCCCCAGAGGAGAAAAUGAUGCAGCAGAUGCCCAAAGUAUACGAUGACUUUCUGCUUAAUAGUCGACUACUUUUCGUGUCCCUCAUCCUUGUGGGAACCAUAGAAGCCGCCGCUGUUUUCAUGACCUACUUCGUGUUCAUGGCCGACAAGGGGUUCCUGCCCAGGACAUUGGUGGGUCUGCACAUCAAGUGGCACGACGACACGGUCAACGACAUCACCGAUGCUUUCGGCCAGGAAUGGACCAUCACAGCUCGCCAGCGACUGGAGUGCCAGGUGUCCUCCCUUUGCCUGAUGAGCCUCGUCGCGAUGCAGUGCACCAACCUGGUGUUGACCAAGACGGGACGUGCCAAUCUGCUGACCCACGGCUUUGCCAACUGGCGGCUGAACCUGGCCGUCCUUUAUUUGGCCUGCCUCUGCGUGCAACUGUGCCUCAUGGACUCCACUGUUUGCCUGCGACUGGACGGGACCAACGAACUCCACAUUGGCUUCUUCCUCUAUACCAUCUACCCGUUCGUGGCACUCCUGAUCUUCCUCGAGACCACUCGCAGGUACUUCCUCCGGCUUUUUCCUGACAGUUGGCUCGAGCGGGCGACUAUGUAUUGA